AGAAAUCAAAUUUUAAGAAUCCAAAGAGGAAAUAAAAAGGGCUGAAGCACGCAGCUCCGAAUCCGAAAUCCCCGAAUCCAAUCCUUCUGGGCAAGGGAUUCUGAUCUCUUCAGAAUAUCCCACUCCCCCUUUUUAUAAAACCCUAGAUAAUAAUCUCUCAUUGCCUAUACACACAACUCUUUUCUCCACCGAAUAAAAUCCUCCAGAUGGAUAUGCAACAUUCUGAGCAAGGACACAUCAUUGAGGUAUGUGGAGAUCUUCAAGUUCAAGAGAGGACAGCAGGCGCAAAUAAAAUUUGUGAUGGAGCACCAUGUGGAUUUUCUGAUGCUAAAUCCAGUCCCAAAGAAGCAAAAGAAAGAUCAGAUUCAAUGCGAAAGCUUGUGAUUGCUGUUGCACUCUGCAUUGUUUUUAUGACCGUAGAAGUUGUCGGAGGUCUAAAAGCCAACAGUCUAGCUAUUCUGACAGAUGCUGCUCAUCUGUUGUCAGAUGUUGCUGCUUUUGCAAUUUCAUUGUUCUCACUGUGGGCAUCAGGAUGGGAAGCUACCCCUCGCCAGUCCUAUGGUUUUUUCCGGAUUGAGAUACUCGGAGCUUUGGUCUCAAUUCAAAUGAUAUGGCUACUUGCUGGCAUCCUCGUCUAUGAAGCCAUUUCAAGAUUCUUUUAUGAAACAGGUGAAGUUCAGGGCUUCCUUAUGUUUCUUGUUUCAGCAUUCGGUUUAGUGGUUAAUAUUAUCAUGGCUGUUCUGCUGGGCCACGAUCAUGGCCACAGUCAUGGCCAUGGUCAUAGUCAUGAUCACGGUCAUGGCCAUGGCGGUCAUGAUCACAGCGAUGCGAACGAGCACAACCAUGAGCAUACUGAUGAUAUGCACACACAUGGAAUGACAAUCAAAACUCAAGUGGUGAGCAAAGCUGGGCAUUCCAAACAUGAUAAGAAUCACCACCAUGCUCAUGCAACUGAUCCUACCGUACCUCUGCUUGGUCCUUCCUCUGAAUCUGAAGGUGAACACAAUAAGCAGAAGAAGCAACGGAACAUAAAUGUUCAGGGUGCGUAUCUUCAUGUAUUAGGGGAUUCAAUUCAAAGCAUUGGGGUGAUGAUUGGUGGAGCCAUUAUAUGGUAUAAACCUGAAUGGAAGAUCAUUGAUCUAAUAUGCACUCUCAUUUUCUCUGUGAUUGUGCUGGGAACUACUAUCAACAUGUUGGGAAACAUAUGGGAGGUUCUGAUGGAGAACACUCCCCGAGAAAUUGAUGCAACAAGGCUUGAGCAGGGACUUUGUGAGAUGGAUGAGGUUGUUGCAAUACAUGAGUUGCACAUAUGGGCAAUUACAGUCGGGAAAGUGCUACUAGCUUGUCAUGUAAAAGUGAAGCCUGAAGCCGACGCGGACAUGGUACUGGACAAAGUUGUGGAUUACAUUAAAAAAGAAUACAACAUAAGUCACGUAACUAUUCAGAUUGAAAGAGAGCCACAGACUUGAUGACAUGCAAUGAGCGUCUUGUAAUCUAGUUGUGGCCCUGAUGCUCUUGUUUUCAGGGGAAAAGGUCUGUUACAUCACCUGGGGCUAUAUGAUUAUCAUGUUUUAUAAGUGUGAUGUACUCGGCCAAAGAUGAUUUAUAUUUGUGUAAUUUCAUUUCUCAUAGUAUGUUUAUGGAGUCCUGCUUGUGAUAAAGUUCUUCCGCCAGAAAAUCAUGUACAUUUUGCUUAAGAUUUGGAUUUUUUAUGCUAAUGUUGUUGCAUUC